AUGGGUCAUAAAAGGUAUGGUUACGUCGCUUUAGCCGGAGCACGAGGUAUGGCCAUGGUGCAUGAAACAAGCACUGGCUGGUCGGCGUCUUUCAACUCGGGUCCAGGCAUGAACAAUUCCAUCCGUCUUUCCCGUCAUCAGAAUGAGAUCCGGGUAACUGUCUGCAACAACGAUCACACCAUCAAAGUGUACCGGGUUCCCUCGAUGGAAAAACUAUUCACGUUAAACAUGCCGACCGCCAUCAAUCACACUGCCAUGAGUCCCGAUGGAACGAAAAUGUUGGCGGCUAGUGACGGUGGAGAUGUGUAUGUUUACGAUGUGCAGGGAGCGGGCGAGUAUAAGCUGUUGGCGACAUACAAGGCAUCGAGUGAACCGGCGCUGUCGUGCGCAUGGAAUCAGUCAUCGGAAAUUUUUGCCGUCACCAGUCAAGAUGGGUUUAUCAAUGUGUGGAAUAUCCAUGGCGAGAAACUAUGUCAACUGGGAUCGACCGAAGGCCGCAAAACACGACGAGCAGCGAGAGCCGUGCAAUUCAGUAAAGGACCUUUGGACUUGCUCGCUUACUCGGAACAUGUGUCCACGGUCAACAUUAUUGAUACACGCACCUUCAAGUCACGACAAGUGGUUCGGUUGGCUCCCUCGGACAUGGAUUACCAUAUUGCCGGUAUGACUUUCUCGCCUGACAAUCAGUCACUAUUUGUUGCAUUGGAGAAGUCCCUUGUCGAAUUGAAAGUCGAUGUCAGUGCAAGACGUCAAUUCCCGUCCCACCGGAUACACUUGUUCUAA